AAUGUCGUCAAAAUAGACCACGAAGAAUUUCCCUAAAAAAGGUUGUAGUACAUGAGUCAUAGUUCUCAUGAAUGUACUAAGAGCAUUAGAGAGACCAAACGCCUUCAACGAGCUUCCAGCUUCUCCCCAAAGCUCUACAGCCCCAAAGCCCUAAGUUGCCAACAUCCUCCUUACCGUGAGAAAAUAGAUUUGGGUUGCUGCACCCUCCAACCUGCUGAUCUGUUUUUGGGUUGCUGUCCAUCACCAUUUUCAGCAUCUUUUGGUAAGAAAUCAACCAUAUUAUUUAUCUUUCCCUCUAUGAUGUGAAGUGGGCUAACUCUAAUCCUUAGGGCUUUCAAAAUUUUGAAAUUUUCUGUAGUUUUCCCUUGCUUUCAUCCAUGAUAAUUACCACCAGAAACUGAUUUCCUUUAUUUGUCAAAAAUUCGAACUGCAUGACCCUUCUGUAGUAUUUUACCCAUAACUCCUUCUGUAGUUAUUGGAUGAAGUCCAUUUUUUAAGUGUAUAGAAAGCUAAGAGAUAGCUCUACAUCUUCUCUGUUGGAUAUUUAACCCAGUUCAGCUGUUUUCCUAGUGAAAAAUCUGCUGCAAGUUUGAUUCCCACUAAUGGACUUAACUGACAGCCCGACCUUGUGUUAGUAUUUUGGCCAUAACUUCCUUUGUAGAUGUCAUAUUAAAGUAAUUCUUGAGGAUAUAGAAUGUUAAAACAUAGGGAUACAAUUUAUCUGUUGACCACUCAACCCAGAUCAGUCAAUUUCUGGGCAUGAAUUAUGUUGGAAGUUCUAACACAAAAUUUGACCAGAACUUGACAGAAAUUUGCUCUCUUUUCUGUUUUAUUCCCACUUGAUGUGUCUUCACUCACAACUCUUCCAGUUGUAAACUCGUUGGCAUUGUCUGUUUGAAAGCUUCUGCGUCAAUUCCCCAAAAAAAAACAACGCCAGACCUCACAAAUCUAUAGGUUCGCUCCUUUUGUUUUCUUUUUCAAGGAAAUUGAAGUUGUGGUUUGUAGGAUUUUGGCAGAUCUGAUACCAAAUUGAUGUAGAACCAAAGAGAAAUAGAAGCAAAGGAUGAAA